GUAGUCGUUCUCAUGGUAACCAGUGUAAACACAUUCUGCCGCCUCAACGUAACACGGAGCAUGAAUUUAGAAAACAGCACGCACAAUGAGAAUCGGUAUUAUGAAAAGAUUGGAUCUAUUCAGCAAAGUAUGCACGAAAGGGAAAAGCGGAGGCUGGAGUUGGAGAGGGAGCUGUUUGCCUACUCCCUAUCUGAUACAAGAAUCUCACAGAUAAAGUGUGCCAAACUGCGCAGCUAUCUCAAAGAAAUCUGUGAGAGGGAAAAGCGUGCAAAAACGAGAAACCUUGAGCUUCUGAGAGAUGUGAAGUGCAUAGAAAUGAGCUUGAAGGAAUAUGGACCUUCCCGUGCCACUCUACAACAACAAAAGGCUGAACACUUUGAUCGCAUUUCCAAUUUCAUGGCUGGAAGGAAAAAGAAAGAACAAAAGUCAAAUGAGCAAAAGGUUGAUUCUGCACACACACUAAACAAGCGAUACCCUGAUGCUCAGGUCACCGAAGACCUCGACCGCGUCCCACCGGGGACGUCGGCGGGACCCCCCCAGAGCUGCUCUGGCGGUGCCAAAGCUGUCGCCGCACGUGCGCCCUCACACCGAGCCUCAGCAUCCUCAGCGGCGGCGGCGGCGGCAGCGGCAGUGCAUCACUCCCCCACUACACACGCACCCUCCCCCCAACGCCCCCCGAGUGGCCUUUUGAACGACCAUAGAGUCUCCCGAGAGGCUGCCACCGUCGGACCAGCAAAUUUAUCAGGUGACAUUUAUCAGGGCAACGGAGUUCGCCCCGACGGCUGUGAUCCAAGUGUCAGGCGUGAAAGGCCGGCGCCCGCGCCCGCGUCCGGCCGCAGCGUGACUAGCGAGGCUGCCGGUGGUGAGGAUGAGCAUUCACCGUCGCCGCCGGCAACCGCCACGCGACCUCAACCGAGUGCUUUACCCGCCGGUGACCUCAGCCCCGUUUGGUACAAGAAUCCCCCCGCAGACGCUGUCGCCCUUCAAUCCCCGGUCUCGGAGGAGAAAGACGUGACCCAUUCAGUGGCCCACGCAUUCACCGGAGAGGAAUCGCAGGAAGUACCAGGUGAAGGCGAGGGGAACCUGAGCGUGGCCAGCUCUAGCGUGUUGUCGGUGAGCAGUGCCAGCGACCUGUCCAUCUCGCUGACCGAGUCGGAGCCAGAGGACGAACUGGCCGACGACGGGGGCUACCUCCACGACCGGGGGUCCAUGGCCAGCCCCUCCCCCGCCAGGCGUAGCUCUUCCCCUGUAGCUCCUCCACGAUCGUCCACGCCCGCAUCGCGGUCGGACGCAGAUUCACGACCUACAGAUCGCACCGCAGAAAGACUCACCCAUGAAGGACUCUAUUAUCUGCUGGAGAGCAUCGAAGGACGCCUCUGGGACUGCCACGCCGAUGCCUACCUGGCCUCUUUGAUUGAGGACGGCAAACUCAACGCAAUCAUCAGCCUCUGUAACAGGGGAGAGCUGAGUGUGAGCGAUGCAGACCUGGAAGAAUGCAGCGCGGUGGUCCUACGCGAGCUCCAGAGGUUGUGCUGGAGCACGGAGAGGGGCUGCCUGCUGCCCUGGGAGCUGGUGGGGGGCCAGAGGGGCAGCCCCCAGCCGCAGGACAUCAGCUCAGGCCUCCCCCCUGACGGCGCUGGCCUGUGGGAUCGCUGGUUCAAGCACGCCCUUCUGCUGAAGGAGCGCCGCGUCAUCGGCAUCGAGCGCCUGCUGCAGCUCUUCACGCCGCUGCUGCUGCCGCGCCAUGCCACCUACGGCCACCAGGCCAAAGUGCUGCUGAGGACACUUCUGUCCCGGUCCAGAGAGGAGUGUGCCAAGGAGGAAGAGCAGCAGCCGCAGCAGGAGGAGGAGGAGGAGGAGGAGGAGGAGGAGGAGCGGAGGAGUGAUUCUUCUUCGUCGCAUAGUCGGAAACUGGAGGGAGCACCGACGUCCAGACCGCCACAAAACCCGGGAGCACAAGCACUACAAAGUGGAGGAGAGGACAGCCAGGACGAAAGCCCCGUUGAAAGUAUUCCUAUUAGAGAGACGAGAGCAUAUCAGCUGCUUAAACAAUCCGCCGCGCAGAAGUGGCUGCCGGCUUCUGGAGAGGUGGAGGAUGAGGAGGAGGAGGAGGAGGAGGGAGAGGACAAUGCACUUCCAGGAACAAACGACGGCGGUGAAGAGGACCCAGGGUGGGCAAAGCACUCGUCACAUCAAGACCCUUACCCCUGGAAAAAGAUUAACAACACCAAACCUGGACUAUCAAAAGCGGUCUGGGGAAAUUCCGACGACAGCAACUCAGACAUCGAAGUGGCGCUGCGUCCUCCAGCCUUCAACGCCAAGAACAACGACGACGACGACUCCGAUGACUUCUUUGACUGACGACUGGCCCGGCGUGUAGCUCCUCCUCCUGUACACACAUGCUUCAUACAUGCUGUGCGUUCCAUCCUGAAGCACUCCCUUCUCACUGUAAAGCAGACGUUUAUCGAGCGACACCCGUUUCCAUGUAACGGGUGUUUCAUGGAAACGGGUGUAAAAAAGGAUUCCAUGUGAAUCCUUUGUAGUGUAUUGUGAAAAAAAAAAAGACCACUGAUAAAGUUGAUGGCUCUCACGCCUGCUAAAGGGUGCACAAGAGUUGUCCAGUGCUUUGAUGUUAACCCUGCUUCAGUCUCUUUAUCUGAACAACUCUUGCGGGGCUCACAAUAACAGCUUGAAAUAGAUUUAACAGAUCUUUUAAAGCGAUUUGUUUGCACCGGGCUGAACGUCAGGCAUUGUGAACGCCGCGAGCAUCUCCGAGUGCGCCCGGGCUCUGGCGUGCUCGAGUAUAGUGAUGUGAGUCACCUGUAAAAAAAAAUGACAAAGCACAAUGGCCACUCUGGAGGCUAGCGGGCGACCCGUUAGCCCGCCGCUGAAGAGCCCCUCUAUCUCCUAGGGCAACAUGCACCAAAAUCUAAAAAAAAUAAAUGAAGUAUUCUGCCAUUCUCGCCAACUCGUAACGGAGCCAGCAGCAAAUUCUAACCCCUGAGGAUAUUUUUGGUGGGAUUUUCUUCAGCAUGUGUCUCCUCGUCCGGCAGGAAGUGAUGGAAAAGGAACGUUUUCUGACACAGUGCACGGUGUGAACAUGUGGCUUCCUUGUCUCUACACAGCACAAAAAUAAUGUGUGACAAACUAUUUGAUAUAUUUAGAUUUGAAGUAUUUACACACCACCGCGGCUGUAACCGUCACACGGUGAGUAGGGGACGGGCCAUAUCGAAUGUCUAUCCUCUUUUGCGUCGUUGCACAUUACGUGCCCAUUAAUUAGCCAAACUUCCUGUGUAGGCGGACACGGUCUGAAGUUUACAUUUACAGUUCAUUAUCUCUGCGCGCAAGCAGCCCCUAGCGUCCCGGCGUGUGUCAGCAGCAGCCCAUUAGUUAGCUCUACAGGUGACUUCACAUACCUGAACCUUCUAAAGUAGGCCUCCACACUCAUUACCAGUAAUGGCACCGGCAGCCACCACUGACGCACACCACCAAAUAACAUGCACCAAAAAACUAAAACCCAGCAAAGGACUGGGGUAGAAUACAUUUUGGUGUUAGCUAAAAGGCUCCCCUAGCAUAAUACCCAUGUUAAGGAGCGUGUCAACAGACACUUGUGUGUGUGUGUGUGUAUGUAUGUUUGGCGGGUGUGUGUGUGCGCACGUAUAUGAAGAUAAUUCCUAAUGCUCUUAUGUUUAACAACACAAUAAACAUUUUUUAAAGAACCACACAGACAUUAUGAUGUGGUAUUCUGCUUUCGCAGACCUGUUAUGUAGGCACAAAAAUAUAAAAUAUAUCUGCGACGGUGACAUCACACAAUACCAUGCGACAAUAACAAACCCAGUGACAUCUCCUGUUCGUGACAUCAGAAUACAACCCUGUGGACAUGUGUAGGAAGGAAAGGAUUUAUAUCAGUAUGUAAAUUGCCUGAACAAUGGCAACCCUAGCCAGCACCACUUCUGAUUCACAUUCAAACUGUGUAUUUUGUUUUGGUGUAGAAUCAGCUAUCUUGUUGUAGAUAGGUGGACCCUAUCAGGGUCCACUGCUAGUUUAUCAAUGUACCCUGCUAUCAUUCAGCUUGCAAAACAGCCUGAGCUGUCUGUCCCAUGAUAUUUUUGAUACUAUUGCUAAAGAUCUCAUUGUAUACAUUUCUGAGGUCACAUUGAAUAUUGGUGCAUAUUAGGGUUUUUUGCAUUCAAUAUAAAACUGAAGUAAUUUUUCAAUGACCAGUGUACGAUCACACUAUUUUGAUGUACAUUUGUAGGACCUUCUCCCUUAUCAUUCCAUGCACUAUACCUGCAGAUCACACACAAUCAAACCGUCUCAAUUGUACAACGCCAUAUCCUCUCAAACUAAAUAACGGCAAUUCACUUAUAACUUCAAAAUUCAAUGGACACCGAAAAUUGUCACUUUUUUCCUCUAAGAAAUUUAGCUGACAUUUUAAACACUUAAGCAUUUCGGUUUAAUAUGUCUCUUUGAACUCAAAUUUUUCAUUGAAUAUGAACCUUCCGAGUACAAGGCGUGUAAAGUUAUCUAACCUUAGGACCACUUUCUGAUACCUUGAAUACCAAAAUGUUUAUUCUUUCAUUAUUAAGUGCAAUAGUAGCAGACACUUAUGAAUAUGAAAAGCGACAUAAGUGGAGGAUGCUAAGAGGAUGCUAACAAAUUGUGAAAAUAGAUGAGAGCAAUUUUCUGUUGUUAUCAUUGGCUCUUUGUAUCUAUUAACGCAACUCAAGGCUCUUUGUCUGUCUUCCUUUGUCAGCAAACUGGUCAUUACAAAGAAACUCGGAGUUGCUCAUGAUCAAAGAGGUAGUUUCCAUUUUUUUAUUUUUACAUUCUGAAAUGUGUUAUGUUUUCUCUCCCUGCACAUAUAGAAAGAAAGAGACAAAAGCAUUGCGACGUCUGUAAUUACCUUUCGGCUGGAUGAAAUAAACCCUUUCUGAUUGUUACAGAGAAGGGACCCGCCAGACACAAUUAUUAGAUGUUAUUUUAUUCAGAGAUACCCUACUAAGUCAUUCAAUGUAUUACAUUAAAACAUUGGGAUCCAGUAUCACACACUGGCUUGAUUAGCCAGUGAAACCUAGACCUACCCUAGAUCUCCACAGUUAUCCAGCCUCUUUACCCUGUGUUAACUAGCCAUUGGUUACUGGAGGUGUGUGUAGCCAGACAUGUUAUAUUUAUGUGCGUUAGCAUAGCAUUGCAUUCAGCCUUCAACAGCCGCCAAAGAAUGUCUUCCACAGUGUAGGCGGCAGCAGACACACACAAUGAUCAUGUCCAUUGGUAAUACAACUGUAGGAAUAGUUCUCAUCUUUGACUUUGAGUAAGGUUUGUCAGAAUAUGUUUUGUUAAAGUGGUUGCUGCAGCUGAAGAUUUAAUGGCAUACCAGGCAUUACAUUCAAGCCUUUCAAAAUCAUACAACAGUGAGAAAUGUUAUUAUUACAAUGGGAUGCUAUUACAAUGGUUGACACUUGAACUCAAGACUAUUAACAAAUAAACUGCAUAUAAGUUC